UGCAGUAAAACCAGCCCCCCGGGUUAUGGAAACACGCUGAGAAAAAUAAAACAGGAGCUUGCCAUGGCAGACCCAGAGGUGUCAACACAGAGCGGGGGUUAUGAUGUGGAGCUGUUUGUGGACACUCCAGACUAUGAUCUGAUCUGCACCAUAUGCCAAGGGGUCCUCAGAUGUCCAGUAAGAGCUGCGUGCCACCACAUUUUCUGCAAGAAAUGCAUCUUGCAGUGGCUAAAAAGACAGGAGACCUGCCCCUGCUGCAGGAAGCCGGUGAACCCAAGCUUGAUCUUUGUCAUGUUCAAGCUAAGCAAAUCUAUUGGACGCCUCAAGAUCAAGUGCAAGAAUGAGAUCCGCGGCUGUGCAGAGACCUUUCCCCUCUCAGAGCAGUACUGCCACAGCAUGAGCUGUUUGUAUGAGCUAAUCCCCUGCCCCUACCAGGGCUGCAGGGUACAGCUCCUCCGCAGGGACCUCGAGACCCAUGCGCACCACUGUGAGCACUGGCGCCAGCCUUGCCACAUGGGUUGUGGGACGAUACUCUCCCACCGAACCCAGGCUCAACACAACUGCUACAAGCAGUUGAGGCAGGAGUACGAAGCUAGGCAGAGGAAUCACAGGGCCAUUGCCACCGCCCUACAGCGGAAGAUGAGGAGGAUGCAGAGCACCAUGGCCCACAUGAAAAGGCAGAUAGGGCUUAUCUGUGAGAGUCUGGAGGUGAUGGAUGAUCUGCAUGAGGUGGAAGAGGAGGACCUUGGGGAGAGUAGUGGCAGCUCCAGUGGGACUCCAAGUAGCAGCAGCAGCUGCUGA